CAGAAUCCGUUAAACUAACAAAUAAGACUACUGACAAACCAUCUUCAAAUAAAUACAAUCUAAUGGAAGAGACCUAUGGCAAGGAAUGGUCCAAGGCCCCAGUGGACGAGUACUCGGUUGAUUGCACCGUAGACUACGCUAACGCAAAUCAGUUGCAGCAAGAUCAUCCGUGUGUUGUUCAUUUAAUUCAGACCAAUUACCUCCGCCCACCAGCACCCAAAAGAGUCCCGUAUCAAAUGGACCAUCCCGAAACGAUCGAUCCUUCCGACGGCCAAUCUAAAGCUAUUCUAAGAAUACUGCAGAAUAAAGUCAACGGCUUUUUCAUCGAGUGCGGUGGUUACGACGGCGAAUUCCUAUCAAACACUUUGUACAUGGAACGAUCACUUGGCUGGACAGGAUUGCUCAUAGAAGCUGAUAAACAAGCCUACAGCCGACUGAUAAGACGGAAUCGCAAAGCUUAUACUUCACCCGUUUGUCUUAGCACGAAACCUUAUCCAAUGCAAGUUACCUACAACGGCUCCGUCUCGGCAGGGAGUUUUGUUGUUGCGCCAAAGGAAAUUAAUGAAGAUCAGCAAUCAAACGAGAUGUUGGGAAUCCUAGAUGGAUCGGCUGUAAACGACACUAAAGACAUUUACAAGGUUCAAUGUUUCCCGCUAUAUUCCAUCCUUCUCGCCAUUGGCAGGACCCACGUCGAUUACUUUGGUCUCGACGUCGAGGGGUCAGAGUACAAAAUAUUGAAAAUUAUUCCGUGGCACAAAAUUUACGUCCAGACAUUAACAGUGGAGUGGAAUCACACUCCUGAAGGUGAACCCGGCAUAUCCCGACUGAUGGAGGGCAACAAUUUCAUCAAAUUCGGAAUGUUUUCAAUGCCAUACUCGCGUGAAGUCGUCUUCGUUCAAGAUUUUCUCUACGGCUUUAGAAUAUUUGAGGACGAGGCUUAGAUCACCGGUAUUUUUUUCUUUUCUGUAUUACGACAUUGGCGACGAAAAAAGAAAUGUACUAUUAUUUUAAAAAUAUUACCUGACGAUUAAUUGUGCUUCUAAAAUCGCUUUAAAUUUGUCCAUUUCCAAAGCU